AUGGUGCCGGGAGGCGGCGGGCAGAGCGCUGCCGGUGCCGGGCACAGCGCGCCCUCGGCCGGCAGCGCCGCAGUGGGCAAAGUGACCGCCUCGCUGCUCAUCAGCAACGCCAGGACGGCCCGCGACGCGGAGCUGCUGGCGCGAGAGGGGGUCACCUUCUGCGUGAACGUCACCAGGCUGCAGCCCUUCCCCAGCCUCCUGCAGGCCCGAGGCAUGCGCGUGCCCGUGCUCGACGACCCGGCCGAGGACCUGUACCGCUAUUUUGAGCAGUGCGGCGACGCCAUAGAAGCAGCUGUCAGGAGCGGCGGGAAGUGCUUGGUGUUCUGCAAGAACGGCCGCAGCAGAUCCGCCGCUAUCUGCACCGCGUACCUGAUGAGACACCGAAACCUGCCGCUCCGGGACGCCUUUGAGGCGGUGAAGGCUGCCAGACCGGUAGCAGAACCCAACGCAGGGUUUUGGUCUCAGCUACAGAGAUACGAAGAAGAUCUGAAAAUAUCAAAGCAGUCUGACCUGCUGAGCAAAGGACCGAACUCACUUUAAAACACCUCCACACACGGCUGUUUUUAAGCAGCUUGCUGUAGGCCGAAGUAGAAAAAAAAUAUGACAGCAUAUAUGGCCUGUAUAUAAAAUGCCUGAUUGCUACACUGAGUGGAUGGCUCCUUACAUUCAUUCAGAUGACUGAUGGUGGUGCUUGGGAAAGGAGCAGAUAAUCAGGGAAAAACAGUAGAAACACCCAACUGUCAGAAGUACCACAAACCAACAGGUAAACAGCAUUUGUGUCCCCGCAGCAGUGCUGAAUGUGGCAAUGGUGCACUGAAUGAACAAACGAGAGGUUUCACACUUGGCUUCCCAGUGAUGCUUCUGGAAGAGCUGAUGCAAGACCAUGGAAGCUCUGAGUUCUGGCACACCAACUGCUCUGCAUAGAUUCUGAAUUGUUCUUACUUUCAACUAGACCAAGAAACCAGCACAGGUUUGCACAAAAAGAUACAGGACAGAAUAUUCAGGUGAUUAUAAGGAGCUCAGCUCCCACCAUGCAAGCUCAAUGGCUCCUCUGCUUCUGAAAUUACUCUCUAAUAUUCCAAAGGGGUGAUUUUACGGGAAAGACUUGGUUGUUGAGGAACAAAGAUGACAGUGGCAACCUAAAACCAUUGUCACUCCUUUGGAUUUAAUUUAUUAAGUUUGUUAUGAUCUAUCAGUGGCCAAAUUCAUUCCUUAAAGUGUCACUUUGCAAGUCAGCAGUGUCUGUAUGCAAACAAAGUGACUAAACUGCUCCGAGUGUUUGCAGAUUGCCACAGUGAAUGCAUUUGUUUGGAAGUCAAGGAAGGACAAGCUAAGGAAGACGCACGAGGUUCCUCAUUCAGGCUACAGUCAUGGUUUGACACAAGAAAGUAGAGACAUACCGAAGUAUUUUGUUGAACUAUAUUAACAAAUUCGUAAUUUAAUGACAACUGUGAA